AGCUUCUUAAACCAUUAAGCAAAAGUGCAAAACAAAAGAAAAAAAAACAACCCCUCAAUACUCUUGCAUUCUCUUAACCAAAUUAACAAAUUACGUAAAAUUAUGACUAACUCAACUGUUGUUAAGCUAGCUUGCGCACUUGUAAUGUGCAUUGUUGUGGCCGCACCUCUAGCCGAGGCAGCCGUAACAUGCGGCUUGGUUUCUAGCAAAGUUGCACAGUGCAUUCCCUACCUAAAGGGAGGCGCUGCCCCAACGCCGGGUUGCUGCACUGGGAUUAAGGCUCUCAACUCAGCAGCUGCCACUGCUGCUGACAAGAAGAUUGCAUGUGGUUGCCUGAAAAGUGCUGCUGCUGCCAUUUCCGGUAUCGACUAUUCUAAGGCCGCUGGUCUCCCUGGCAAAUGUGGUGUCAGCAUUCCCUACGCCAUCAGCCCCAGCACCAACUGCAAUGCCAUCCACUAAAUGGCUGAUAUUGUAGCAAAGCUAAAAGAUGGAGCUACCUAGAAGAGUGCAUAAUAAAAAGGAGUCAUGACGAUAUUCGAUCUUUGGCGAGUCAUCAUCAGUUAGCUUGUUUUAUUUUUCUGUAUUGUUGCAUGGUACUGUACUUUUUAAUUUGUGCCUUUGUUUUCAUUUAUAAAAAUUCUACUAUUUCUACGAUCACUUUUCGAUUGUGAAAUCAAAGAUGUUGUACUUUUUAUAUUUGAAUUGAAUGGCUCGCUUUAUUACUUACAA